GAUGAUGUAGAAACCCUCACAGAAACUCAUUUCUAAUUUGCUUGCCUCUACUGGUGUUAGCUUAAACUUUUUUCUCAGCAGUAUCAUACUCAAACCGUCCAUAACUUUCUUUGCUCUUGCAAACACCAACUAUAACUUGUGUGGCAAUUCUUUUGCUGUGUUGAAAACCACAAAAACACAAACUAACCAUGUCCACAAUUGCAAAGAGAGAUUUGAGUUCUAAUGAGGAAGACAGUGAGCUGAGAAGAGGACCUUGGACUCUUGAAGAAGACAGCCUGCUCAUUCACUAUAUCGCUCGUCAUGGUGAAGGUCGGUGGAAUAUGUUAGCCAAGAGUGCAGGGCUGAAGAGGACUGGAAAAAGCUGCAGACUCAGAUGGCUGAAUUAUUUAAAACCAGACAUUAAGAGAGGGAACCUCACUCCACAGGAGCAACUCUUGAUCCUUGAACUCCAUUCCAAGUGGGGUAACAGGUGGUCAAAAAUUGCUCAGCAUCUGCCGGGAAGAACAGACAAUGAGAUCAAGAAUUAUUGGAGAACAAGGGUACAGAAGCAGGCACGCCAACUUAACAUUGAGUCUGGAAGCAAGAGAUUCAUUGAUGCCGUGAAGUGUUUUUGGAUGCCGAGGUUGCUCCAAAAGAUGGAACAGAACAAUUCUCCGAGUCCUCACUGUUCCAUGACAAGCAUGGUGAAUUUAGGGAAUUCUGGAGAAGCUUCUAUGAGUUCAACGUCAAGCAGCUUCAAUAUACCCUCUGUGUUUUCAUCGUCUCCUCCACAAAGGGAAUUCAUUAUGGACGGUGCAAAUCAUCUUGGUACUAUGUCCAACCCCAUCAAUCCAUCCCCAGAUUCCUUCCCAUUUUCACAGCUGCUUGGAAUUUCUGAACACCCCAAAAGUCCUCCCAAUGUGCUUGAGAACAAUGUCUACAGCUAUCCAAUCCAGGACAACUGCUAUGCCGAUACCAAUAACUAUGGCAUGGAAGGCCUAAACAUGGAUCCCCUUUCAGCCAUGGGAACUUACGACUUCCCACAGUUUGAUUUUCAGAGCGCAGGGAAUGGAUGGAUGUUAGACAGUGUGGAGGAUACCACUUUAUGGAACAUGGAUGCUAUGUGACAGUGUUGUCAAGAGAAGGCAUGCAUCUCAAGUUCUUUUAUUGUGGGAUGGUAUAUGAUUGCAAAACAAAUUUGAAGAUUCUUAUGCUAUACUGAUUCAUAGGGAGUAUACAUAAUAGUCUCAUUGUUAGAGAUUAGUAGUACCAAGUGUAACGUCAUUUUAAUAUGAACCUUUUAAAAUAGCAUAUAUUUAAAUAGAAAAAUGCAGGAGAUGAUAUUAAUGUUCCCCUGUUUCAGAUUUAUUUAGAAGCUGCAAAAAAAGUUGUAAUUUGACAAAGGCAGUGUAUCUUGGAUGUUAUGAGUGUAAUUUGGAAAUAGUGCGUUUUUAUUA